UCGGCCACGGGUGGUUCUCUGUCGGUUCUCUCCCUCUCUCUCUCUCUCUCUCUCUCUCUACGUCAGUCUCAUCCAAUUCCCACACACGCGCCGCUGCCCACUACACCUCCUGCCCAUUGCCAUCUCUCUUUCCAUCUCUCUCUCUAGAAAUAGAGAUUGUACCUGAGGACUCUGCAUUCAUUUCUUUUCUCUGGGUAUUUUGAUCCCGGUUCUUGUGAUCAGGGUCUUAACAGAGUCACUUAUUAGCCUCUGUUUUCAGCAGAGUAAAACCAUUUUAAACCCAUAAAAGUACCAAUUUUAUCUGGGUCGUCACCCAUUUGGACAAAAAUAGGCUAUUCAAAUGGUGGAUCUGAGUGACAAAGGAUCAGAGUCGGAAGAAAUGAACAGCAGCAGCAGCACAUCCACAGAUAAGGGUUCGACGGAAGGGAACCAGAUUAAGACCUGCGUUGAUUGUGGGACUUCGAAGACUCCCCUCUGGAGAGGUGGCCCAUCUGGCCCUAAGUCACUGUGCAAUGCGUGUGGGAUCAGAAGCAGGAAGAAGAGAAGGGCACUGUUGGGUCAGAACAAAACAGAGGAUAAGAAAUCGAAGAAAAACGAGGGGAAUAAUCACAACAGAAAAUUGGGGGAAUCGAUAAAGAGGAAGCUGUUGGCGUUGGGGAAAGAGGCGAUGUGGCGGAGAUCUACGGUGGAGAAGCUGAGGAGGAAGCUGGGAGAAGAAGAGCAAGCGGCUGUACUGUUGAUGGCUCUGUCUUGUGGCUCUGUUUAUGCUUAAUUUUAUUAUUAUUUUUUUUAAUCUUUCAGUUUUAGGAAGUGAAAAAGAAGAUUGAGAAUGUCAUUGAUGACUUUCUAGGAGUAUUAUUAAAAAUGUAAAAUCUUCUGUUGUCCUUCCUAAGUGAUUUUUGCCCGCCCUUUUCGUUUGUUUCCUCUGUUGUGGUUUUGAUCAUUGUCUUCUUCAGGAGAAAUGGAUUUCAAAUUCAAGAGGAAUGUAAUGUAAUGUAAGAAUGAAUGAGAGAUUAAAUUGUACUACUAGUACUAGUAUAAA